AUGUGGCCGUUGAUACCGCAAGACCUUAAGCGCCCCAUAGUCUCUUCCUUUUUCCGAAACGUCUCACUGCCUCCUCUUCCCUUUACUAAUACUGUCUACCGCACCUUUGAUCCCUUUGUAACCUCCUCUAGCAAGAUGUCAAAGGCAUUCUGGAGACUGUGUGAACUCCUGGCUCACCAGGGCCAGCAAGAGCUGCCUACUACUUUCCCCCCUGAGACAGAAGAAGAACUUCAACAACUAUAUGACCAAGUGAGCGGCCGCCGGAAGAGCAGAAGUACAGGAGCUGGCGAGAAUGAAGUAGCAGCCACCACAGAAAUGAGCAGUAAUAGUGGAUCUGGCCUUGCUGACGGCUCCCCGAAUGACGCCUUUGACACUCAAACCCUCAAAUCCUCAAUAUCAAAUCUAUCCCAAGAUAACACACCCAUGUUUUUCGACGACAACUCAGCAUCUAUCAUCAACUUCAAACCAACAGAACCGCUGCGAAUAACUUGUCUCACCAUAGGUUCUCGCGGAGAUGUUCAGCCUUACAUCUCGCUCUGCAAGGGCCUGAUAGAAGAAGGGCACAAACCCCGGAUAGCAACCCACAAGGAGUUCGAAGGCUGGAUAAGAGAGCACGGCAUAGACUUUGCUCCGAUCGAUGGCGACCCCGCCGAGCUCAUGCGAAUAUGUGUUGACAACGGCAUGUUUACAUACGCUUUCUUGAGAGAAGCAUCUACAAAUUUCCGCGGAUGGAUAGACGACCUUCUUACCUCGUCCUGGAAGGGCUGUCAAAACUCUGAUGUCCUAAUAGAAUCUCCCAGUGCCAUGGCUGGAAUUCACGUUGCUGAAGCUUUGGGAAUACCAUACUUCCGUGCCUUCACUAUGCCCUGGACAAAAACAGCAGCUUAUCCCCACGCUUUUGCUGUCCCGGACCGCAACCUAGGAGGUACUUACAAUAGACUCACUUACGCCGUUUUUGAUGCCGUAUUUUGGAAGGCUAUCUCCGGUCAAAUCAACCGAUGGAGAAAGAAGGAGCUUGGUCUCAAACCUACCAGUCUCGACAAGAUGCAACCCGAUAAAGUGCCCUUUCUCUACAACUUCUCUCCUUCGGUCGUGCCCCCUCCUCAUGACUAUUUAGAGUGGGUUCGUGUGACUGGCUACUGGUUUUUAGGCGCAAACCCUGACUGGACUCCGCCAGAAGAUCUUGUUGCCUUUAUCAGCAAGGCAAGGGCCGACAAGAAGAAACUGGUCUAUAUUGGAUUUGGGUCCAUAGUUGUUUCCGAUCCUGCGGCCAUGACGAGAACAGUGAUCGAUUCUGUCCUAAAGACCGGCGUGCGAUGUAUCCUGUCCAAAGGCUGGUCAGAUAGGCAUGGCGACCCGAAGAGUUCGCAAAUGGAAGUUGAGCUCCCUCCGGAUAUCUAUAAAAUUGAUUCUGCUCCCCACGACUGGUUAUUCGCCCAGGUUGAUGCUGUUGCUCACCAUGGUGGAGCUGGUACUACGGGAGCAAGUCUUAGAGCUGGUGUACCUACUAUUGUGAAACCUUUCUUCGGAGACCAAUUCUUCUUCGGCACCCGUGUGCACGAUUUAGGAGUCGGCAUUUGUAUGAAAAAACUAAAUGCUGCUACGUUUACCAGAGCUCUGUGGGAGGCAACAAAUAGCCAGCGCAUGAUCAUAAGGGCAAAGCAAAUCGGUGAACGGAUCCGUCAGGAAGACGGCGUUGGCAAGGCUAUCCAGUCCAUAUAUCGUGACCUUGAAUACGCCAAAACGCUCACCUAUCUGCGCCGUACCGCCGCUGGCCACCCAUCAAAUGAAGGUGCUGACGAGGAGAACCUUGAAGAUUUCUUAGAUGGAAUCGAAGAAUCCUGGACCUUCAUCGGCGACGACAUCUUCCCUAAAGCGCAAGAUCCCAGAAGUGAACUUUCAUCUAUGAUGGACGGUGCCGCAGCUGGAACCUUACCACCACCAGACGAUGACGAAGAGGAUGUUGCUUGUUAA